AUGCGAUUCUGUCGCGAGAGUCCAUCGCAGAGAACGCGAAAAAGAAGCAGGGAGAAAGGGAAGCUCAAGAUGACGAACCCUAGACGAAGAAAAAGUGAUGAAGGAUCCGAUCCGAUCCGAUCCGUGAGAUGCUCGGUGAUGCAAGGCGAGUUGAGUUGGGUUAGUGAGAGAGAAAGUGGGGGGAGUAAUCAGGUGCGACGCGGGUGCAGGAGAGGGUACGUGGGGAAACGUGCGGCGAGAGUCACUGUUUUUGCGCAACCAUUUAUGACAGCGAAACUAUUGCGUGGCUCCGCAGUAAAUCCAAAGUCGAUUUUUUUCAACUAUCCAUUCGCGGCCAUGGCGGUUACUCACUGGGAGGCUACGCUUGGUUCAUUGCCCCGCGCACUUUGA